CUCUUCCUAGCACAGCCCUCUCCCCUAUCACAGAAAUUAGGAAGAGGCUGAAAAAUUAGUAAUUAUCUCAGCUCACCCCUCAGCCCUGCCUGCGCUUGUAGGGGGAACGCUAAAGUCCUUUCCCCAAAUUAUGGCUUCGUGGUGCUGACCCACCUGCCUGGUCUUCCCGGUCCGGCCCCGCCCCACACGUGCCAGAAAGGGAGAAAGAAGGAACCAGCUUAAACAUGGGGGGAUGGGAGAGAUGAGGGGGCAGCAAGUCAGAACCUCGGAGAACCAAACUUCUCAGCAGCCUCGGAGAGCGGGUGGUAGAGAAAGCGCUGCAGCCGAAAGCCGAUUCUCGGGAGCCUCCCACCCCGCCUCUUGGCGAGGAGGGUGCGGAGACUCCGCUGGGGGCGGAGGAGGAGGCCAGGAGGCGGGGAGGGGGGAGGCAAACCCUGCCCACUCGGCUCCGAGCCCGGAACGGCCGCGGAAGCCGGAGGCCGGCGCGCAGGGCACCAGGGCGGGGGGCUCUGCUCCCCGCCAGACCCCUCUCGCCCCAGCCAGGAAAGUGAAGGCUCCUCGGACUUUACAGCCAGCGGACAGACCGACCGCGAUUGCCAGCCUCUCCGGGUCAAGGACUUGCCCCACCCGCCCCCUCCCCGCCCCCCAGGCGCUCCGAACUCACUGGUGAGCGCGGCGAGCCGGGCGCUGAAUGCGGGGACAGCCGCGAUGGCCCCGCGCGCGGGACAGCCGGAGCCAAGGGGGCCGCUGCUACCGGGGCUGCUGCUCGUGGCGGCGGCGCUGAGCCGGCCCGCCGCGCCCUGUCCCUUCCAGUGCUACUGCUUCGGCAGCCCCAAGCUGCUGUUGCGCUGCGCGUCGGGCGCCGAGCUCCGGCAGCCGCCACGGGACGUGCCACCCGACGCGCGCAACCUCACCAUCGUGGGCGCCAACCUGACGGUGCUGCGCGCUGCCGCCUUCGCCGGCGGGGACGCGAACGGGGAGGAGGAGGAGGCGGGAGGCGUGCGCCUGCCGCUCCUGACCGCGCUGCGCCUCACGCACAACAACAUCGAGGUGGUGGAGGACGGCGCCUUCGACGGGCUGCCCAGCCUGGCGGCGCUCGAUCUGAGCCACAACCCGCUGCGCGCCCUGGGCGGCGGCGCCUUCCGUGGGCUACUGGCGCUGCGCUCGCUGCAGCUCAACCACGCGCUGGCGCGGGGCGGCCCCGCGCUGCUGGCCGCACUGGACGCCGCGCUCGCCCCGCUUGACGAGCUGCGCUUCCUGGGCCUGGCGGGCAACGCGCUGAGUCGCCUGCCGCCCGCCGCGUUGCGCCGGCCGCGCCUUGAGCAGCUGGACGCGCGCCUCAACGCGCUGACGGGCCUGAGCCCCGACGAGCUGCGCGCACUCGAGCGCGAGGGGAACCUGCCCGCGCCGCGCCUGCUGCUCGCCGACAACCCCCUGCGCUGCGGCUGCGCCGCGCGCUCCCUGCUGGCCUGGCUGCGCAACGCCACGGAGCGCGUCCCCGAUGCGCGGCGCCUAAGAUGCGCCUCCCCGCGACCGCUGCACGACCGGCCUUUCCUGGACCUGGACGAGGCGCGGCUGCGCUGCGCCAACCGCGACACCGACGGUCGCGGGGAAGAACUGGAACUCCCCGGGCCGGAGCUGGAAGCCUCCUAUGUUUUCUUCGGGCUGGUGCUGGCGCUCAUCGGCCUCAUCUUCUUAAUGGUGCUCUACUUAAACCGCCGCGGCAUCCAGCGCUGGAUGCGCAACUUGCGCGAGGCCUGCCGGGACCAGAUGGAGGGCUACCACUACCGCUACGAGCAGGAUGCCGACCCGCGCCGCGCACCCACCCCGGCCGCCCCAGCCGGCUCCCGCGCCACCUCCCCGAGCUCAGGGCUCUGAGCUUCGCCUUUUGGGGGUUGGGGGUGUCCCAGCCAGCUGAUGAUCUUAUUGGGGCUGCCUGGCCUGAAGCCAUGGGUAUGAGACACUUGCGAGCUUGGCGCUUUUGAGACCUGACACUGACCGGCCUAAGACCUUUGGAUUAUGUCAUCAAACC